UCGCUAACGCCAUAGAAUCCGAAGUAAAGCUACUAAAGAUAGCAAUUUCGACCAAUCAUGUCAAUCAUACCAAGUUUCUUUGGCCGCCGAUCCAGCGUCUUCGAUCCAUUUUCUCUCGACGCUUGGGACCCAUUCGAGGGAUGGCCGUUGUUCCGUUCUAUUUCCGACCAGUUCCGUUCAAACUUCCCAUCAUCGUCAUCCGAUACGACAUCGUUUGACUGGAAGGAGACCCCAAAUGCACAUGUAUUCAAGGCUGACGUCCCUGGGCUAAGGAAAGAAGAGGUGAAGGUCGAGUUGGAAGAUGAUCGGAUCCUGCAAAUCAGUGGGGAGAGGCAGAGGGAAUUGGAAGAUAAGGGUAACACCUGGCAUCGCGUGGAGCGGAGCAGUGGUAAGUUUGUGAGGCGCUUCAGGCUCCCGGAGAAUGCUAAGGUGGAUCAGGUGAAGGCUAAUAUGGAGAAUGGUGUUUUGACUGUUACGGUCCCGAAAGAGAACGCCAACAAACCGGAAAUGAAGUCCAUUGACAUUUCAGGUUGAUUUCUGUAGUCAGUUAUUGUGUUUGUCCCUCCUUGCUGUUGUAAGUUGUUGAAUUACUUAAGGCCUGUGUUUCGGCUACUUGGGGUUUUUCGGUGAUGUUUUGGUGUUUCUAAUGUGAAUUUGGGAGGGGGGAAAUUAUGGACGAAGGUGGUGCUUUACCCUGUAAAUCCUUGAUUUAGCGGCAAUUGAGAACAUUUAUUUGUUAAUUAUGAUAACAAUUUACUGGUUUUAUUUCUCCAGGUUGUCAGGCUUUUUUCUAGUAAUGUUAAAACCUAUUAUGUACUGCACUGUGGAUACAAGUUAAUCAGUUUGAUAA